AGUCAUCAUCCCGAUGCGCUGCACGCACGUCAUGUUUCUCAGAAGUACUGCAGAAACGAUUCGAAAAUAAAUACGUUGCAAUAACGUUCCCAGUCAUUUCCAUGCAGCGAGUGUGAGAGAGAGCGAAGAAAAUUCUGCUCGAAAUUGCGAAAGAAUAUACGUUUAAACGUCUGUAAAGGGCGCGACGAGAAUCGGAGGCAUUGCGGUUCGGCUUUGUUGCUUUUGUUCGGAGAACGGUCGUGGAACAAGGUCACGCAAGUAAAAUGGCAGUCGCCGAGUAGAACCCGGCCGCGUCUCGAUUAUAAGGACUGGAAAUUCCUGUAAUUAGAAUCGGAGGAAAGAUGAACGCGCGUUUCGGGUACAGGACGUUCGUUUCGAAAUCGAAGACCACCGGUUGGCAUCGUUGGAUCACGCAAUAAGGCGCACCGCCGGCUUCCCGUCACGAGUUUCAGUCGUCCAAGCGGCGUAUUCGAAAGAGUCAAGCCGCCGAAGCCGGACGCGAUCUUCCGCGCUCUCCCGCAUCUCGUGGACUCGUGGAUCGUCUGUAAAUCGAAACCGACUCGUGGGAAUCGAUCGACUCAUAGGAUCAGGCUGCACGGUGAACGAAGGGCAUUCUUGAUGCCGACGAACGUGGUAGCCUAGAGCGGUCGUUGACAGAGCCAGAGACCGGUUUCAAUUUUCCCUGUCUCGAGUUUACCGAGCUGUUUGCGAGCGGUUCGGGAUUUCUGGAAACUCGUCCGUGUGCCCGGUGGAUAGCUGGUGAAAAGAAAGAAAGAGACGACGUGACGUAACUACGCGGUAUGAUAAUAGAUACGAACGUUGUUGGCUGGUUGCGUUCACGAUCAGAUAAACGGAUCGAAAUCGUGUCUGACAAAAGGUUUAGUUGGUGCUUGGUCCUCGCUGCGGAAUAUCCAAGUCGACAGCAACAAUGAAAAUGGAGGAAUAUUCGACAGGAAUAAAGAGGCAACUUAACCGCGUAUGGGAAACCAUAAAACGGAGAGGAAGCGGUGAUUAACACCGACCGGGCAGAUUGUGGACAAACUUAAUCCGAAUGCAAACUGAUAGCUGAGAGUAGCUGGCGACUCGCAGUUGCAUUUAUUGCAGGAAUGAACCGGCAGAGCAUAGGCUGGAGCAGCUGAAGAAGGCGACGGACAGAAUACAGAAGGAGAUUGAAGAGGUCACGGAGAGGGAGCACGAGCUCAGAAACGUAGGCAGCAUUAAGACCACGUCUCACGAGACGGUGGAUUCCAAGGUGCGACGCAUGCCACAAGCUUUAGUUUCGGGAAAGUUGAAGAGGACAACGUCGACGCCGCAAAUUUUGGAAGCAGUCAGUCUGACACCCUCCACGCCACCUUUAACGCCAAAGAUGACGAACGGAGUAAUAUCCAGUCGCACCACUCCGACACCUCUUCGUUUCGCGACCGCACCCAGUCAGAAAGGGUUGAUGCACAGGUUUCUGGCCACUCGAGGGAAAAUAUACAAACCGAAAUCGCCGAUGAACGAUACCUUGACACCGCCUACGACGCCUACCAUCGCGCUCAACCCGUUAAGCGUGAAAGCCUUCAACAGGAGCCUGGAGAUCCAACUCGAGCCGGACGACGAGCCGAAGAAACCGCCGGUUAGGAAAGGAUACGUUCCUGUCGAAGAAAAAAUACAGAAGGAACUGCACGAGAUGAAAGAACGAGAGAACGAGCUCAGAUUAAUGCGGUCGCAGAUGUUGGCCAAAUCUCAGCCAAAUCUUCUUGACAUCGGGAACGACAAUGAUUCCGAUAUUUACGACGGUUCGAACUCGUUGAGAAGCGGUACCUCGACAAACACUUUGAACGAGGACGAAGUGGAAAAAGAAACAAAAGGAAAACACAAGCCUAAUCCAAGACGCCGAAGUACUCUGAUCGCACAAUGGGAGAAUUUGAUUGCUGCGAAGAAAGAGUCUAACGACAACAACAACGAAAACGAUUUAAACUUCUAAGUUUGCUCGUUCUGUAAAAAAGAUUAGCAGUCAAUAAUGCGUCUCCGUUCUCUUCUAAAUUUUUAUAUAUCGUUCAAAAACGAUUCGGUAUUUUCACGCCUUUCGAACUGCAAUUAAAUAUUUCUGAUUUUAUCCCUCUGUUCAGUUCGUAACCUAAUUUAUUUAUGAUGUUAUAUUAGAUAUUUAUUAUCGGGCAUGAAAAAGAUUUAUCUGAUUAAUCGUACAUUCCAUGUAUGCUCCCUUUCUUAAAUUCAGUAUUAAAAGAUUAGAAGGGAGCGUUAUCAUCCCCUUCUUAAAAAAAUACUUUUAAGUACUACAAACACAUAUGUAUAUUUAAUAUAUCCGCUUGUUAAUUGUAAUAUAUCUAUUAUUAUAUGUUAUAUAUAGCCACGUAGAAAUACGAAAAUGACUGAGGAGAAUAACAGCCAAGGGUUCUCUUUAACAUUUAUGGUGUGUAUAUUUAUAAUUAUUAUUAAUCAUGUUAUGUACUUAAUUGAUUGUAAAAAAUAAUUGUAUUUGAUUUAUCUGCGGAUGUAAUUAUAGUAACGAAAUAAGGAUGAGAGACUGCUGUCAGCAUCUUCCCUAUUAUUAAUGAAUAUAAUCGAGAAAUCCAGUUUUAUACAGAAAGAAAUGUCGGAUAAAAAUUAUGUCGAGCUUUUACUUUCGAAAUAAUUAGAUACUGUAAGUACUAAAUACCACGGGAAAUCAUGCAUGUUAGGAAGUAUAGUUCCUCUACGAUUAUGAUUACAAAGAUUCAUCUCACUUCGAUGAGAUGACCAACUCAAAAAGUUGGAGCGACAUUUGGGCAUUCAUUAAAAAGAAAGUCUUAUAUAAAUGAAAUCAGCCUGCAUACAUCAUCGCGUUACUCACAAUCACACGGUGUAUUUGAUAUAUAAGUUGAAUGUUUUUAUGUAUAAUUAUUAAUUGUAUCAUUAAAUGAUAACGAUGAAAA